GCCCUGCAACGAAAUAGAUACGGAAUGCCUCCCUGAAUAUCCAGAGAAGAAGGAAGAAUAUGCAAUCGCUGCUUGCUUCGACUUGGAGCUUUUCCUUCUCCCACCCCAACCUCCCUCCUCGCCAUAAAAUAUCCACACCUUAUCUUCUCAAGCCUCUUUGUGCUCAGAGACAACAAAACACAACAAGCCCUACAACUUCAUGGCCUUCCGUGACUCUUUCACUUUUUGGUUCUGGCUUCUUCAUCGGCCCCCUUCUUGACGGCCUCCAUUCUAGAGUCAAUCUCGUUGUGUACCGAUCAGGUUCCAUUGAUAUAGGCCCCCUCCACACUAACGUCUGGGUUCCUUUCUUGCUGGGUUCGUUUUACUGCGUUCUUGGGCUACUCCAGCUCUUUCUGGAUGAACGGGUCUUUAACAACGUUCGAGACGGAAGUUUUCGAAAAUCAAUUGCCUCUUUGAUAUUGGUAGCAUUAUUUAUUGAGCUGAGUGCUGAAAUUUACAAAGCCGGGAUAGCAGACAACACUGAGGCCUACGUACUAUUCGCUGCGGCAGAGUUAUUAUGGUUUUUGUUGGAUAGGACAUGGCCUGGAUUCACACUUGCAUGCUUUGUUGGUAUUGCUUGCCCACUCGCUGAGAUUCCCCUUAUGAAGCUUUUCAACCUUUGGUACUAUCCACAAGCCAAUAUUGAUAUCCUUGGCCAGGGACUAGUUACAUGGACGGCCACUUGCUACUUCGUGUAUACGUUUUUCUUAAUCAAUUUAUCACGAUGGUUCAGAACUGUUUUUACUGCCAACACAGAUAAGUCAGCCUAGAAGCAUAUGCAUUGUGUAAUGUAAUAUAACAGUACUUAUUGGUUUAAUAUGAUCAAUGUUAUUGGGCCAGCCCAACAGGGAGCAUAUUGGGUGAU